AUGGCUUCUCGGCACGGGGGUGGUAAUGCCUCCGGAUUUGCAGCAGCAGCAAAGGUUCUGUUCGACUCGGCGAAAAAGGUAGGAGCUGUAGAGCCGCUGGACGUAACGAGCAAACUCUAUGCCCAGCAGUUGAAGAGAAUCCAGUCUCAAAGCCGGAAAAAGGGUGGCUCCCUGGGAAGUGUAUCGUAUAAGGUAGCAGAGUUCUUGGCCACUCAGCGAACUCCCAAGGCCAACAUCAUUCGAAACUCUACUAGCAUCGCCAAACGAGUCCCUUUGAUUGACAUCCCACUGCAGCGCCCAAAUAAAAAAGACGCGGCAGUUGUAGAGAAACCGCAUACGCAAAAGGUGCCCACCUUGGAUUUUGUAACGAAAAAAGUGCAGCAGCAACAGGCGCAACCAGACACCUCCAGAACAGUUCCCACACCUCUCGUGCAUUCGGCAAAUGAGUCUUUGAUGACUGAUCGUCCGGUCCCAACUCUGGACUUUGUGGUUGAUCAGAAGAAGAUGGGAUCUCCUCAGCACCGUACAAGCUCUGAGAUACCAAUCGUGGAGGAGGUGGCGGAGGUUGAAGCGGCAACGGACACUCUUCAGAAGAGGCCUCUAACUGCUGAAACAGUGAAGGCCACUAUUGCAGAAGACAAACCACUUUUUGAGGCACCAGGUAUCUCGGACUCAAAGCCAUCUCUUUCUGUUGAUCGUGUAGUGACUGCGCAGUUUGAGCCUGCCCCACAGACGCCAGAAAGACCUACAAGACAUUCAAUCACAGUGCCAAUUUCUUCGGGAGUGAUUUCUUCAAGUUCUCAGCGUCCAGAGCCCAUACAAAGUGAGACCAUCUCCGUCGAUGUGUGGGAACUUCAGCGUGAAAAAGAAAUCGAACAACUACGAAAGAGUCAAGAAACUGCUGAAAGAGAACGGCUAGCAAUACAACGAGAAGAGGAACAUAAAAAACUUGGAGACGAAUGGGUCAAGUCUAGAACAACAGUGACUCAAGCACGUCACAUGGAUGUGGGGACAAGCGCAUUGGCAAAAAUGUACUUUUGCAGUCAAUGGGACGCAUGUUUUGAAAGCUUUAAACAAAUUGUGGCGACAUCCACGCCAUCAGCUGUAGUAUCCAAGCAAGCUGUCCGUAUAAUGGAAAGAAACCUGAAAAAUGUUCCCAUCGAAAAAAGGGAUGCCGUUAAGUCAGCUUUGUUAAAAGAACUGAAAGAGAGAAGGUUACACGAUGAAGUGACAAAGUUUGAGCUGCGCCACGAAAACGGGGAAAAAUUCCUUCAAAUAUAUCGCUCCGCCCCAAACAGUGUUCGAGAUGCAUUAGAUUAUCGCACGGUGUUAAAAACGGUUGCAACAUUGGUGGGGUCUGGGUCGUGGGAAGAGGCGAUUCAGCUUGUGGAUCAAUCACAAAAACGCUUUCAUGACAAAACCGGUCAACUUGAGCUCAACCUUUUGACCAAGUUGCGUGGUUUGGACGAGGAAGCAGUCAAAGCAAUUGUUGAGUAUGUAACGAAGACGCUAACUGCGUCUGAGCGGUUUAGUACGAUGCACAAGCUGAAGAUUGCGAUGCUGGAAAAAGGUUCUCGCCGGAGGCAAAUGCUUGCAGGACUGAUAAGUACGAGUGAUGUGAAUGAAGUAAUAUACGCAGAGUUGUUACGGAUUACCUCUAAUGAAAACGUCAAUAACGUUAUCGAGGAGGUUUGCAAGCGUGGACUUAACAGAGAAGACCCUGCAAUCCUCACUGUGCUCUGUUGGAAGUCCUUUGAUCCAGAGAACCCCCAGGAAUUAUUUCGCGAAAUCGAAAAGCAAGAGGCAAAGAUAGGGAUCCGUCCAGAACACCUUCUUGCCGCCGUCGCGAUGGCGAGAGCUGCCAAGACGGAGGACGCCCUACGAUCAGCGGUUCGCGUUGUGAAGAAGGCACCCAUCUUUAAGGCAAAGUACACUCUGAGAAAGCUGCUCCCCUUUCUCCACGAAAAAAAGAUGAACAAAGAAAUUGUGGAGUUAGCCGAUUUCUACAGUACUCAUGUGCCCAUUGCAGAGGCACUUCCAAAUGCUGUCGCUUUUGUCAAUAGUGCUAUGCAGGCCGAAGGAAGGGCUCCUCUCUCCGAUAAGUCUGUGAGUCUGUUGCAAAUACGACCAAAAUCUUCACCGGAGUCUACCGAACCAUUAAUAGCAAAGUCAACGAAGGCAGAGCUGAGUGUCUCAUCUGAAGUCAUGCUUCAAUGUGCGAAGGAACGGGAUUGGGAGAAGGCACUUGCGCUGAUCAAUUCCAUGUCUCACCAUGAUACAACAAAAGAGGAUUCUGAAACAUUGACACUUCUGUAUAACUGCGGCCUGAGUGCCGCGGUGGAGAAACCCGAUGUCGUAAAGGAGCUCUAUGCUCGGAUGGUGGAGAAUGGCGUACAGAAGAACGCAACCACAAACAAUGCGGUAUUGAGUAGUCUUAUGAGGUCGUCGCGGUUGGAAGAAGCAGUUGAGUUCUACAAGCAAACAGAUCUCUCGUUGCGGGAUGCCAAUACGUACUCUGUAAUGCUGUCACUUCUUGGGAAGAACAAUAUGUGGCAAGACGCAGUCAAGGUGUUUGAGGAGGCGCGGGGGAGACCAACAAAGGCCCCGCCGGUAGUCUACGCUCUGGGCAUUAACGCCGUACACAAUCACAGCUGGAUCGAAACGUUAAACAUCUUUCAGGCGCUGCGGAAAGACCAUGGUGCGAACAAUGUCAAGGAUGCCGUUGUUGACAAGGUUGUUCGCUGCCUAACACAGAACAAGCGCACUGCAGAGUUGCAAAAAUUGGAGAUGGAGCUAUCCAAAGCUAAAAAGAAGCAGCAGUCAAAGAAUUUACCGAAGUGA